AGGAUCAUAAUUCAUGCAUGAAAAAGUUAAAACGAACACUCUUGAUCUGUCUUCUAUUUAUGCUGGAUUAAACCUAAUCUGAAGCUCAUUGUUUCUUGUGUCUAAUGAACGUGCUUGGUAAGCUCACGUAGGUAUGUUUUGGCACACGUUGAGCUCUUGUGAGGAGAAAAGAAGGCGUUUCUUUUUUUUUUUUUGGCUGAGAGCAAAGUCCUGUUUGUUGAUCUCCACUAUAUAAAGCCAGAUCUCAUCUCGAUCAGCAGCAGCAGCAGCAGCAGCAGACCCAAACAGAAAGAUGCUGAACAUCAGCGAGCUCUCUCUGAGGUCCCCUCAUUUCAGGGCGUCCGACCGUCUCCUGCAGCCCUUCUGGGACCAUCUGCUUCUUCACCACCUGUCUCUCGUCUCGUCUCCCUUUUUGCCCGUCAUCCUUGCCUUCUCCAGCUACUUUUGCUUUAGUUUGCCCUUUGCUGUGUUGGACCUCUUGGGGGAAAGGGUCCCUUUGUUCCACAAGUAUAAGAUCCAGCAAGACAGGAGGCCAACGCUGGGAAUGAUGGCCAAGAGCUUCAUGACAUCUCUCUAUAACCACAUUUUUUUUGUUUUACCGGCUGUCAUAAUCGGCAUGUUCAUACUGCCAACACCAACGCUGCCGCGAGAUGCUCCUACGUUAUACCAGUUGUUCACCGAAGGACUGGCUAUACUGCUCCUCUUUGACACCCAGUACUUCAUCUGGCACUUUGUGCACCACAAGAACCUGCAGCUGUACCGCUGGGUGCAUGCAGUCCACCAUGAGUACAUGGCUCCAUUCUCCUGGUCCACGGAGCAGCUCAGCAUUCCAGAACUGAUGACCGUGGGCUUCUGGAGCAACCUGGACCCGAUUCUUUUGAGGUGUCACCCACUGAGCACAUGGUGCAUCACAGUUCUGAGCAUCUGGAUGUCCGUGGAGGACCACAUAGGCUACGACCUGCCCUGGACCCUGAACCACCUGGUGCCCUUCGGUCUGCUGGGGGGGGCCCCGGCCCACGACUUGCACCACCAGAAGCCCAGCAGCAACUACGCUCCCUUCUUCAGCCACUGGGACCGGAUCUUCGGCACUGCCGUGUCUCUGAAGAAGAAAAAAGUUGAUUAAGACACAACAAUAAUUAACACAAUUCUGUAAAUACUGCCUCUUUUAUAAAUAUGUUGUUUUGUUAAGUCUCUUUAUUUUGCUGCUAUACUUCUUGCAUUAUUAGCAUUUUAAAAAAUGCACUGAACUUGUAAAAAUAUUUAAAUGUUUCAGCUUUUGUUCAAUAAACACCUAUUUAUAAAGCAGACGCAUGGGAUAUAAUUUAUUGAAACCUGAUGUAGUGUUUGCACAUUAUAUUUAAUAUCCAAAAGAGAAACAGUUAAAAUCUGUCUUGUUUAUUGAUCCUGAGACAAUCUUCUUACACAAAGACUCAAAUGUUGAAGGAAUUUUAUUCAGGAAGAUUUUGCUCAUGAAUCCCGUUAAUGAAGAGAUUUCUGACACAAAUAGUUCAAAAUUAUAAUUGAUGUGACUCAAUAUAUAAUUACAUAUAGGAAACUGUAAAUGCCAUGUCUAUCUAGUAUAGACAUGGCAUAUGAGACACCCCUCAUACUUGUUUCAUGCAUUCAUAAUCAUGCAAUUAUAUUAAUUAUGUAUGUGAAGUAUUUACCCCCAGCCUCUCCAAUCGUCUAGAUAUAGCAGAUAAUUCGCUUUUAUAGCUAAAUUUUGCACUUUCAUUUAAUAAACAGAAGUACUCAAAUCAAUUUCUACCUUAUUUUAAUUAAAAAAAAAAAAUAAAAAAAAAGAUAAAGACGAUACAGCAAUACAUUUAAACAUCUGCACUUGUCAAGAAGCA